CGGAAGGCCUUCUACGCUCGUAUUUCCCGCUGAGUUGAAGGCUGAAGCAGCUUCAAAGUUCUCAACCCUCCCUCUCUUCCCGUAUUCCAAAGUUUCAUUUUCGAAGUUCGAGUCUUUGAGAACUCUAGAUAUCUUCAACUAUUCUUCAUUUGGGGAUUCUUCACUCUUAUGUCCAUUGCGAUUGUAGUUUUGUAGGGUUGUUUAAGUUAAAGAAUGGCUAGUUGUGGUUCUCUUUCAUUGUGUCCAUACAGCCUUUAUCGUCACCCGAACCCAAAAAGGCGUCCCAUUUUAUGCUCGGCCGGCUCUUCUUCGCUCGUAGGUAUUGAUGGAUCUAAAGUACCCCGCAAAAGAUUAAGAAAAAUUGAAGGUCCUGGAAAAAGCAUGGAAGACUCUGUUCAACGCAAGAUGGAGCAAUUUUAUGAAGGAUCUAAUGGGCCACCCCUUCGAGUUCUUCCUAUUGGUGGGUUGGGUGAAAUUGGGAUGAAUUGCAUGCUUGUUGGGAACCAUGAUCGUUAUAUCCUUAUUGAUGCUGGUGUCAUGUUCCCAGACUAUGAUGAGCUUGGAGUCCAAAAGAUUAUACCUGAUACGACAUUUAUAAGAAAAUGGAGGCACAAAAUUGAGGCAGUUGUUAUAACGCAUGGUCACGAAGAUCAUAUCGGUGCGUUGCCUUGGGUCAUACCAGCAUUGGAUACCCAUACACCAAUUUUUGCAUCUUCUUUUACGAUGGAGCUUAUUAGAAAACGUUUGAAGGAGCAUGGUAUUUUUGUUCCAUCAAGACUCAAAGUAUUUCGAACCAGGAAGAAGUUUUUGGCUGGGCCAUUUGAAAUAGAGCCUAUCAGGGUGACCCAUUCCAUCCCUGAUUGUUGUGGUUUAGUUCUUCGCUGUUCUGAUGGUACUAUUCUUCAUACUGGGGACUGGAAGAUUGAUGAACAACCACUAGACGGUAAAGUUUUUGACCGUGAAGUUUUGGAGGAACUUUCUAAAGAAGGAGUAACAUUAAUGAUGAGUGAUUCAACAAACAUACUUUCACCUGGAAGAACAAUUAGUGAAUCUACUGUGGCGGAUGCACUGUUAAGGCGUAUUUCUGCUGCUAAAGGAAGGGUUAUUACAACUCAGUUCGCAUCAAAUAUACAUCGUCUUGGAAGUGUGAACGCUGCAGCUGAUUUAACUGGUAGAAAGAUGGUGUUUGUUGGCAUGUCUCUACGAACAUAUCUAGAUGCAGCUUGGAAGGAUGGAAAGGCACCAUUUGACCCAUCCACGCUGGUGAAAGUGGAGGAUAUUGAUGCUUAUGCUCCUAAGGAUUUGCUGAUUGUAACAACUGGAUCUCAGGCAGAACCUCGUGCUGCCCUGAAUCUUGCAUCAUAUGGUGGUAGUCAUUCUUUCAAGCUGACCAAGGAAGAUAUAAUUUUGUAUUCAGCUAAGGUUAUCCCUGGUAAUGAGUCUCGUGUGAUGAAAAUGAUGAACCGCAUAGCAGAGAUUGGAUCAUCAAUAAUAAUGGGGAAGAAUGAGGGGCUGCACACAUCGGGUCAUGCGUAUCGUGGAGAAUUGGAGGAAGUACUUAGAAUAGUGAAGCCGCAACAUUUUCUUCCCAUACACGGAGAACUCUUGUUCCUGAAGGAGCAUGAAUUACUUGGAAAGUCAACUGGCAUUCGACACACUGCUGUUAUUAAGAAUGGAGAGAUGCUUGGCGUUUCACACUUAAGAAAUAGAAGAGUCCUUUCAAAUGGUUUUGUUUCCCUUGGAAAAGAGAAUUUACAGUUGAAGUACAGUGAUGGGGACAAAGCAUUUGGUACAUCAAGUGAACUUUUUGUUGAUGAAAGAUUGAGAAUUGCCUUAGAUGGAAUAAUUGUGGUCAGCAUGGAAAUAUUCCGGCCUCAAAAUAGUGAGAGUCAUGUUGAAAACACCUUAAAAGGGAAGAUAAGAAUUACCACAAGAUGCCUGUGGCUUGACAAAGGAAAGCUGUUGGAUGCGCUUCAUAAGGCUGCUCAUGCUGCACUUUCAAGCUGCCCAGUAAACUGUCCAUUUUAUCACAUGGAAAGAACUGUAUCUGAGGUAUUGAGGAAGUUGGUGAGGAAGUAUAGCGGCAAAAGACCAGAAGUUAUUGCUAUUGCUGUAGAAAACCCUGCAGCUGUUCUUGCUGAUGAGGUAAAAGCGAGGCUGUCUGGAAAAUCUCAUAUGGGUCUUGGGACACCAUCGUUGAGAAAAAUAGUGGAUGGACGUAACGAGGAAAAGAAGUCCAGCAAAAUGGCUAUAAAAGAAGAUGAUGGCACUGAUGUUGAAGGACUCCUACCAGAGGAAGAUAUCCCUACUCCAAGUGGAGCUGAUGCUGACUCCCCUGAUUCAGAGGAUUCAGAUGAAUUUUGGAAAUCAGUCAUCACACCUUCAAGGGCUGAAAAGUCGAUCAAAGCUAACAAUGGUUAUAUUCCACGAAAGCAGCAAGAGUCCCAGCAGAUGAAAGAUGAUUCUGGAGACUCUGAAGAAGGCGAGUCUGAACCCAAGCCUUCAAAAACAGUGAAGAGAAAUAAAUGGAAGCCUGAGGAAGUGAAGAAGCUGAUCGAUAUGCGUGGAGAGCUGAACGAGAGAUUUCAAGUUGUGAAGGGAAGAAUGAUCCUCUGGGAGGAGAUAUCUCAAAAGUUGUUGGCUGAUGGUAUCAACAGAAGUCCAGGGCAAUGUAAAUCUCUGUGGACUUCUUUGAUACAAAAAUACGAGGAGAUCAAGAAUGGGAAGAACAAGAAAGGCUGGCCAUAUCUGGAGGACAUGGACAGGAUAUUGUCGGAUAAGGAGGCGCGGGCAGCAAAAUGAACGAGACGUGAACAAGUAAGAUUGAAAACGACAGUGGUAUUCAAGAAGAUAAUCACCGACGUCAGUUGCAUGAUUCUUAUGUGGCGUUGAGAUCUCUAGUCCCCUGAGGCAUCACACGGACUUGAAAUUAAUCAAAAGAUCCGCUAACAGAAAGCUCAUGAGGGGCAGAAGGGGGAUUUUCAUUGUCUUUAGGGCACUCGCCUCUUAAUUUUUGUCAUAAUUAAAUUAAAUUCAUUAUUUUGUAAGCGAAGCAACUAUAGAAAUGUAAUUUUGCCUUUGGACAAUAGCCAUAACUAAUUUUAUUUUUCAAUGUUUAUGCAA